CUUUUCUUCGCGGUCACGUCGGUCAAAAACUUUUGCCAUCAUGAAACAUGAAUAGAAAUUAGAAUUGGAAUGGAUCGAAAAAAUGAAAUCUGGGCGCGCCUCAAAAAGAAGAUGUCUAACAAGAGGACGGCAAAAAGGGGCAUCGCAUCUUCAAACGGCACGGUACCACCAAGGGAAAUUGUGGUUCAGCGACUAUCCUCUGAACCGGAUAACAAGCAAACAUACAAACCAGUUCAACCGAGGGAGUUUGUGUCAUUUGACUAUCCAGAAAUAACAGUAAAAACUUUAAAAUCUGCAUGCUCUCAUUAUUUUAACCUGCCUGCAAAGAAUUGCGAUGUUCUAGUGUCAAAUAAAGGGCCAAGCUGCACCAAUAUUAACCAGAUACCUAUGAGAAAAGAUAAGGUAUAUUUAGUUCGUUUUGUGAUUGACAGCGAGAAUGAAGAUUCUGCUAAUUACAGUAGACAUAGAGUCACCAGUACAGUUUCUGCAUCAUCUUCACAACAGUAUAAUUUUCUCAAUGAUUCCAUCUCGUCACCACCUAGUAAGAAACGAUCUGUUAAAUCUACUGAAAGUGAAAAUGGUUUUGAUAAGCCAUCGUACCCUGUUUCUGUAUCUGUUGAAAGCAUUCUUAAUGCUGGAAAGCUGAUUCAACCUGUUAAAAAGUCUAAAUGCGUCUUAGAUUUUGAAAGUUUUAACAUUCAUGAUAAAGUUUGGAAGAUAGAAAUGUCUGGCGAAGUUCUAAUUGAACAGGAAAGUUUUGCUUCUGGGGGCUUUCGUGAAGCUUAUAUGGUGGAAAAAAUAAAAGACCAUUCAAAGUGGGUUCUUAAAAAGUUUAAUCAAGCAACUGUAAAAACUAUUCUUGAAACACUAGAUUCAAGUUUGGAGGAUAUAACCAGGAAACAAGUACAAAUGCAUACAGCUGCAUCACAAAUAACCAAGGCUUUCAACUCAAAAAUUAGUCAAGAAUUUGGAGAAUCCUUUACUUACAAUAAUGUCUAUUUUUGUAAAAUAAACACUACACCAUACACGAUUGAGGAGUAUGUUGAUGGACAAUUUAAAAAAUGGAUAAACAAUAAUGGAGUUAUUGUACCACUUUCAGAUAUGGCUACUAUUAAAGACAAGGAGAUUUUUUGAAAGCUCAGUGUUUUGUUCAUUAUACAUACGAAAAGUUUGAUAAGAAAUUAAUGGUUCUGGAUAUACAGGGUAGUGGAUAUACCCUGUUUGACCCAGAAAUCUGUACAACAGAAUUGAUAGAUACUGACUCGAAUCAAAUAAUGUUUUGUUGUGGAAAUUUAUCUAUU